CCCUCACACAUACGCAAGAGUCCAGCGCGCCACACACCACCCUCUUGGUCGUUCCAUUUUUCACAUUCAAUUUUUCAGUUCGUAUUGAUUUUGCUUCCCAGAUAAACAUGAUCAAUUCCAAUCACCAAUCCAUGUCGUCCUCCGACGGGUCGGGUAAGAAGGUCCGGAAGCCCUACACCAUCACCAAGUCCAGAGAGAGCUGGACCGAAGAAGAGCACGACAAGUUCCUCGAGGCUCUUCAACUGUUUGAUCGUGACUGGAAGAAAAUUGAAGAUUUUGUGGGUUCUAAGACGGUUAUUCAGAUUAGAAGUCAUGCACAGAAGUACUUCUUGAAAGUUCAAAAGAAUGGGACAACAGCGCAUGUGCCUCCUCCUCGGCCAAAGCGCAAGGCUUCGCAUCCUUACCCGCAGAAGGCCUCUAAAAAUGAAUUUAUUCCCUUCCAAGCAUCACUUGCUUAUCCUUCUUCCAUGAAUGCCAUUGCAUCUGGCUAUUGUCCUUGGGAUGAAGCUUCAAUUUUCUUAAAUGCUGGACCAGACCAAAUUGUGUUGUCACACGAAGAAUUUAUUAAUCGUCAAGCAGCGGAAGCUGGUAUUGGAUCAAAGGGGGUGGCGAGAAUUAGUAAAUGUGAUCCUAGUGGGAUCGGAAGCUCAAGUAGAACCCUACCUAGUUCCGAGAUAACAAAGCAAGGGUCACAAGCUCAUGUGCGCCAUGGUCUUCCAGAUUUUGCCGAAGUUUAUAGCUUCAUUGGAGAUGUUUUUGAUCCAGACACCCAAGGCCAUGCUCAGAAACUCAAGGAAAUGGAUCCCAUCAAUUUCGAAACUGUUUUGUUGGUAAUGAGAAACCUCAGCAUCAACUUGGCUAGCCCAGAUUUUGAACCAAUUAGGAAGGUCCUGGUAUCAAAUGAUGCCAGUAUGAAAACGGCAGCUGCAGGAAAUAUUCCCGGUUACCAAAAUAGCGAUCUUUCAUGUUGAACUUAGUAGCACAUACAGUUGCUGACUGGAAUGGUCCUGGAGAAAAGUUAUAGUGGUUCUAGAACAGCCAGCCAUAUAUGAUCUUCGGACUAUAGCUCAGCAGCCACAACCAGGAGAUUAUUAGAUGGUGCUGAAUGGAAGAAAAAAUUCAAAUGAAUUUCAAGCUCUGGGAGGUUUUGAUUGUCUGGUGAUCUCUAUGAGUGAUUAUUAAUAGUGAUCUUCUUCAGGCCUUCCAGAUGUUUAUGUAUAUCUUGUAAGAUCUGUUUUGGGGUAGGUCUUUUAUUUGUUAUAGAAAACCAUUUUCCCAAGCAAGUGUAAACUACGAGAAUCAGAAUUCUUUGCAAAUAAAAAAUAAGAAUAAAAACGGAAGAACAUGAGAUG